AUGGAUUAUGGGUUUAUCAACACGUGUCUGAAGUCUUUGGUUGUCGAGAAAUUUGGUGAAGAGACGUGGGUAAAACUCAGAGAUGAAGCAGGUGUUCAGGAUACCUUUCUGACGUACGAGGUGUACCCUGAUGACAUCACGAUGCGGCUGGUCAGCGAGGCCUGCAAAUUGCUGGGCGUGAAGCCGGAGGUGGUUCUGAAACAGUUCGGAGAAUACUUCUUCGAGUUCUGUAAACGGUCCGGAUACGACCACAUGCUACGAACUCUGGGGGGGAGUCUGUUCGAGUUCAUAGAGAAUCUGGACGCACUGCACAGUUACUUGUCUCUUUCUUACAAGGAAAUAAAUGCCCCAUCAUUUCGUGUGGAAAGGAACCUCGAAGGCACCAUGUAUCUUCAUUACUAUUCAGACCGGCGCGGCCUGUGCCACAUCGUGCCCGGUAUUAUCGGCGCCGUUGCGAGGGAUUUCUUCAACAGUGACAUAACGAUGGAGAUCGUUAACCGGAUCGAGGAGCUCGAGCGGACAGGAAAGAAGGAGCACGUCGUCUUCCUUGUCACCCAGCGGCCCUUAGUCACCAAUCCCGCGAGCAGCGGUGAGACCCAACCCCAGACCCCAUCUGAGCCGCCACGGAGCCACACCAGGAGGAACGCCAUGCACUUGAGCCAGGAGGAUCUUCCAGGCCCCUGUCAGAGAAGGCGACCCCCAGGCUGCUCUCUCUACAGGAGCCACUGGGAGAUGGUCCGGGGUCUGGUGAGGCUGGGGAAGGGUAAGCUGCUGAGGGGCUUUGAGCCGGUCUACCCUGAGAGUCUGUGUGUCGACCUGAAGACCUUCUGCAACGCCUUCCCCUUCCACCUGGUGUUCGAUGAGCAGCUGAGGGUGUGUCAGGCAGGGGUGAACCUCCAGCGUAUCGUCCCAGGUCUACAGACCAGAAACAUCUGUCUGGACCAGUACUUCCUCAUCGUGCACCCAGAGGUCACCUUCACCAUCUCCAGCAUCAGGAAGUUCAUCAACAGCCACUUUGUGCUGCAGACCAGGAGGAACAUGAUGCCUGAGGCCUGGAGGGACCGACCCAUGCUGCAGCUGAGAGGUCAGAUGCUGUGGAUGGCGUCGGAGGGCCGCAUGCUGUACCAGGCCUCCCCUCUGCUGCGCAGCCUGGAGGAGCUGGAGGAGCGCAGCAUGCACCUGUCGGACAUCGCCCCGCACGACGUGACCCGCGACCUCAUCCUGCUCAACCAGCAGCGGCUGGCGGAGAUGGAGCUGUCCAGCCAGCUGGAGCGGAAGAAGGAGGAGCUGCGGCUGCUGUCGCAGCACCUGGAGGAGGAGCGCAGGAAGACGGAGACGCUGCUGUACGCCAUGCUGCCGCGCCACGUGGCCAACCAGCUGAAGGAGGGCAAGACGGUGGAGGCGGGUGAGUUUAGGGAGUGCACCAUCCUGUUCAGUGAUGUGGUCACCUUCACCGACAUCUGCUCCCAGUGUGAGCCCCUGGACAUUGUCAACAUGCUCAACUCCAUGUACCUGCGCUUCGACCGGCUCACCACCGUCCACACUGUGUACAAGGUGGAGACUAUUGGGGAUGCCUACAUGGUGGUUGGUGGGGUGCCCAUCCCAGUGUCCAGCCACGCGGAGCGGGUGGCCAACUUCGCCCUGGGCAUGGUGCUGGCCGCCCAGGAGGUCAUCAACCCUGUCACUGGACAGCCCAUACAGAUCCGAGUGGGUCUGCACUGUGGGCCAGUGCUGGCGGGGGUGGUGGGGGAGAAGAUGCCUCGGUACUGUCUGUUUGGAGACACGGUCAACACUGCCUCACGCAUGGAGAGCCACGGCCUGCCCAACAAGAUCCACUUGAGCCCCAGUGUGUUCCAGGCUCUGUACGAUAAGGGCUUCUUGCUGCAGGAGCGUGGAGAGAUUGAGGUGAAGGGGAAGGGCAAGAUGACCACCUACUUCCUGGAGAAGAACCUGCGUGUCAGCGAGCUGCAGCUGCUAGGUUUGGCUGAGCCCGAGGAGCGCUCCGGACGCCAGUCUGGACGCCACUCUGCCCUCUCUACCACGGACGGGGAGGGGGCCCACCACCACCCAGGGGUACCAGAGGUGCAGCGGCGGGCGAGGAGAGAGGACAGACACCCCACCGUGCCCAUGAGGUACGCAGACAGCCUGAGCGAGCCCCCUGCCUCCCCCCAGCCCCCCUCCGCCGCCCUGGGCAAACCUACCCGGGACUCUGAGAGCUACGGCAGUCUACACAGUGAGGACCAAUCAGGAGACAAGCUCAGAAACCCAUCAGACGAUAUCAAACACACUGACCAAUCAGAAGAUAAAUGUGCGGACAUUAACAACCCACAGUUGACCAGAGUUGUUUUGUGCGCCACCUCUACUGUCGCUGAGGCUGCUUCAGUGUCUCGGAACAAACACACCCGCACCAGAUUUUGUGUGCUACUGUGA